GCCUUCACCAGAAGUACUGGCGCCAAAGCUUCCACUUCAAUGGCCCCAUAACUCUCAACACUUUCAUUAUCGAUAUUAAAUCAUCUCCUUCUCGCGCCUCUACAGAAUCAAGAUCUCUUCUCCUUCUUCUUCGGAUUGAUUUUCCUUUGCUUUAAUGUAAUGGCCGCCUCUGCUGCUGCUUUGGAUCCUUCCUCCCUGCAAUUCACGCCGACUUGGGCCGUGGCUGCGGUUUGCUUCAUCUUCAUCUCCCUCUCGCUCUUCCUCGAGCAUUUGAUUCAUCUCCUCUCCAAUUGGUUGAAGCGGAAGAGGAAAACGGCAUUGUUCGAGGCGGUUGAGAAGCUUAAAUCAGUUUUGAUGCUUCUAGGGUUCAUGUCACUAACUCUUACGGUAACGCAACAGCCAGUAUCGAAGAUUUGCAUUCCGAAUAGCGUAGCGUUUACGAUGCUUCCGUGCCAGAGAGAAAUACAGAUCAAAGCGAUUAAGAAUUUGGAGAUGGAGCAACUGCGAUCGUCUUCCGCUACAAAUCGGUGGUUUUCGUGGCUGCCAGGAAAAUUUGUGAGCCUCGCGGCGGGAGGCGAAGAAGAGGAGAGUAGUAGUAGCGGUGAUUCUUCUUCUUCUUCUUCUUCUUCUUCUGAUUACUGUACUGCGAAGGGGAAGGCGUCGCUGAUAUCGCAAGGAGGAAUGAAUCAAUUGAACAAUUUCCUAUUCGUGUUGGCAGCUAUGCAGAUUCUUUACAGCGUUCUCACCAUGGCGUUAGGAAAGGCCAAGAUGAGACGCUGGAAAGCUUGGGAAGAAGAAACUCUUACGUUGGAUUAUCAAGUGGCCAAUGAUCCACAUCGCUUUAGAUUUACAAGGCAAACAACAUUCGGACGUCGACAUAUCAGUUCUUGUGCAACACCACCAUUUCUUCUCUGGAUAAAAUGCUUCUUGAGACAAUUCUUUCGUUCCGUGGCCAAAGUCGACUACUUGACCCUUCGCAAUGGUUUCAUCUCGACUCACGUACAGGGAAAUACUUCCUUCAACUUUCAAAAGUAUAUUAAAAGAUCAUUGCACGAUGACUUCAAAGUUGUCGUCGGCAUCAAUCCUUUCAUGUGGCUUAUAGUAGUCAUCUUCAUUCUUGUAGAUGUACAUGGUUGGAAUGCUUAUUUCUGGGUGUCUUUCCUUCCGUUAAUUAUAGUGCUAGCUCUUGGAACAAAACUUGAAGUAAUAGUAGCAAGGCUUGCCCUUGAGCUUCAAGACAAGACCGAUGUGAUCAAAGGAGCUCCAAUGGUGGAACCAAGUGAUGAUCUUUUCUGGUUCAAUCACCCCAAAUUUGUUCUCACCCUGCUUCAUUUCACUUUGUUCAUGAACGCCUUUGAGUUUUCGUUUUUUAUCUGGGUUACGCUACAAUAUGGGAUAAAAUCUUGCUACCACGAACACUUGGAGGUCAUCAUCACAAGAGUCGUCUUAGCGGUCACUGUUCAAGUGUUGUGCAGCUACAUUACUUUGCCUCUUUAUGCUCUAGUCACACAGAUGGGCUCACAAUUCAAAGCUGCAGCAUUAGAAGAACACACAGCCAACGCCAUAAAGCAAUGGCACAAAGAUGUGAAGCAAAAGAGAAAGAAGCAUCACCAUCACCAUCACCAUCACCAUCAUCACUACCUCGACUCGAGUUUGCACCAGGAAGGAUCGUCUCAUUCUACGGUUACCGAGCGUCAGUCGUCAAGAGUUUUCGAGAGGAGCAGCAGCAGAACCCUAAGCUCUCAAGAGAUGGUGAGCUCUUUCCAUCAUCGAGCUCCAACUUUUUCUGAGUUCAACAAUCUUGGUACUAUUGAGUCUAAUAUUGAGUCUAAUGAGAUAGUUGAAGAACCUAUAAAGAUAAAAAUAAGAGAAAUUAAUGAAAUUAGUGAAAUUCAUGAAAGAAAAAACCUGGGCUUCAUAGAUUUUGGUUAG